AUGAGUAUUCAUCCAUUCCUCAAGAUGGAGGGGGCCUCUAGGAGACAUUCGGUAGAAGACCCGAACCAGACACACACCUAUCAAUGCUCGACUCAACCCCAAACCCCACCAUGUUCAACCUCAGGAAGCCCCAGAGUCAAGAUUGAGGAGUUUACAAGCCUCCCCAGAUUACAUGACGCCGUAUCACCUCAAGGGAACAACUUUGUGAAGCUCCCUAGCUUAGGAGAAUUUGACGAAGGAGUUGACGCCCUCAUUCGAACACAUGGACCAGUGAAGACCUGGACUCCAUUAUCUCCACUCCCUGGACUUUCUCGCAACCCGACGGCCCUUGAGCCUCUGAGAUCCAUUACACAGCCUCAGCCAUCUUGGUCUUUCCAAUCUGAUGACCUUCCUAACGACUACCCGAUCUCAAGAAGAGGGACCAUCAGCGGCCAUAAUCAAUACUUGCCUGCAGUUGAUCAUCCACAGCAACCUUUGCAGGGAAACUAUCGGAACCCAGACACUUACUACGGCUAUGGCGCUGGCAGCCCAUCUCUUCAAGCACCAUCGAACACGCAUUGCUAUCCAAGUCCACCACCAGACGGUGAGGGUCGGCAUAUUAACCAAAAGUACACAACAGAGGAAGGUGACUACAUCAUCUACGCCUGGCAUGACAAGAAGAUGAAGUGGCAGCGCAUCAAGCAAGAAUUUGCAGCUCGGUUCGGCACUACUCCCGAGCGUACGAUCCAAGGUCUCCAAGCGUGGUAUUACCGUAUGAACCAACGCAUACCUGUUUGGGACCAGGAAGGCUGGCUCUGCUUCGAUAACGAAGAUGACCUUGAACCUCAGCACGUUAGCAUCAAGGUUCGUGAACGGGAUAGCCAGGACAAACCCAUGGAGCCACUUGGCAUAGCUCAGCGAUACCCCGAACGUGCUAUUCACUAUUCGUGGGUCGACGCUGAGACUAAGUUCAAGGCCCAAGACUGGGCUGCUAAAAGAGCUUUGCAAUACCGCGACAGGCGAGAGAGACGUAGAAGAAAGGAGCAGCGACGACUGAAGCUAUGAAGAAUGAAGCAUGCCGUUCCCUGUGACCAAGCUUGCGGCCCGAAUCAACAAUCGGCGGAGAUACUGAUGAACACAGAGUGACUUCGACCACCAUUGCCACUGAUGAAGCGAAUUGUUUCCUUUUCCUAUU